AUGACAGACGCAGGAUCACAGAGGGCAGCUUCCCUUCCAGAGGAGGAGCCGGUGGAGGGCAGUGAUGAGAUCGAGGUUGAUGCCACCAUUGGUUCGGACACUUUCGAGCCUAAUUACACUCCAGACGACCCCAUCAACCCAGACCCUUCAGAGCCUGACUACAAACCAUCUAAGCAUGAGCCCAUCAACUUAGACUAUGAGCCGGAUGAGGAUGAGGAAGAAAUCGCCACCUCCCCAAAGAUCUUACCGCCCCUUCCCACUCUCUUACACCGAUCAUACCGAUCCUGUCUUACUAGUACUCGGGUUAAAAAUACCCCGAGGAAGACUACGACAAUCCCCACUCGAAAGAGACUAGCUUCCCCACGAACAUCCCCACAUCCAACAAAGAUGCGUUGUAGCAACUAUGCAUGGAUGCCUCAGAUUAGAGGAUUAUGA